CAUAGAAGUCAAACCAGUUGCAGCAGGAACAGAGACUCGCAACUUUCAGGAUGACAUCGAAUCUUUCUAAAUUAAUAACCAAGAUCCUGUGUGACCACGAAGGAUGCUUGGACUUGCAGGAGCUGAAGCAGAAGCUGCAGCAGAGCCGUGUCCGGGUGGACGCGUCAGAACUGGGCUCUGUUCUGCGUGAUGACGGGAGAAUAGCGCUCCGGCCGGGCCGGGUGCAGGCCGGGCCCGGCCAGGACCAGCUGGUUGUGGGGAAGAGCAGCCUGCGGCUCUGCCGGAGCAAACCCGGGGACUGUCUGCAGUGCGACGACCUGCACCUGUGCAGGUUUCAUGUUUGUGGAGGCUGCACCUUUGGACCUAAGUGUAAAAAUCAACAUAAUCUGGCUACACCACACAACGCAGGCCUUUUGAGGAGAAAUGGUCUCAACGAUCUGACAGAGAAACAACUGUUCCUGCUGUUACUGCAAAAUGAUCCAUCUCUGCUUCCUGAGGUAUGCCCACAUUACAACAAGGGGGAUGGUGACUUUGGUUCCUGCAAAUUUACCACCUCCUGCACAAAGCUGCAUGUCUGCCAGCACUUCCUCCAGGGCGACUGUAAGUUUGGCCCUUCGUGUAAGAGAGUCCAUACCAUCAAUGUCACUGGAAUGAAGCUUUUCCAAAGAUUCAGUCAGGAGAAUAUUAGGAGUCUUGAAAAGAUUUACAGAAAUAAAUUCAUCAUCAUGGAUAAACAAGGCAGCAGGAAUGCUGCUGUCGUCCCAGAUGUGAAUAGGGACACUCCGCAGCCUUUCUGUCAGCCUCCUCAUAACAACCCUGCAUCUCCCACAAAAUCCGUCUGUGCUUCCAAACCCAUGACUGAUGCAGAGAAAAAUGAGAUCUGCCUCUUCUUCCUUCGCAGACACUGCAGCUUCAAAGAGAAAUGUGCUCGGGUUCACUGGCACUUACCAUACAGAUGGCAGGUUUUAGAAAAAGAUGGCGUGACUUGGAUGGACCUGCCCAAAAUGGAUGAUAUUGAGAAGGCGUACUGUGACCCAGCCUGUGACACGAGCCGCAUGGAUGAGCCAUUGCCCACCACAACGCUUAUGAAACUUCUGUCUCUUCAACGCUUUGUACCUAGCACUGAGGAAUAUGUUGACUUCAACACAAUGACAUAUGGAGGGUCUCCAGUCCGUCGCAUCUCCAGUCCAUCUUCUAUUACGAAGCCCCCCCACUUCAUUCUGACAACAGAGUGGGUCUGGUACUGGCAGGACGAGAAUGGGUUAUGGGAAAAGUAUGGACAGGGUGACGCCACCGUUACUUCUCCAACCCUAGAGAAUUUGUACCUGGCGGACAAAGAUACAGACAUUCCUUUCCAAGCUGGCAAACACCAGUAUGUUCUUCAAUUUAAAGAUGCAGCAGGAACCCAGCGGAUGUAUCAGCAGAAUGUAAAAUACAAAACUAAAAGAGAGGUCAGAAGGAGGCCUCGCUUUGUUUCUGCUCAGGAGAUUGAAACAACGCUGAAAAGUGCAUCAACACCCUCCUCCAGCUCAUCCGCACCUGAAAGUUUCCCAUCCUACUGGGACAAGACAGCUCUGCCUGACUUUGGACACAAGCUUGUGCUGCUCUCCAAAUCUGCAAUGGAUUACAAUAUGAUUGAGAAAUUGUUCAAGACCACAAUGCCCCGGAGUAAAAUUCACACCAUCGAGAGGAUCCAGAACCCUUUUCUGUGGAGAUUCUUCGAGUGGCAGAAGAAGGAGAUGCAGCAGAAGAAUGGGGGAAAACUUGUGGAUCAGAAGUAUUUGUUCCACGGGACGGAGGAGACCUUGAUUGAACCCAUAUGCAGCCAAAACUUUGACUGGAGGAUGUGUGGUGUUCAUGGAACUACCUAUGGCAAAGGGAGCUACUUUGCCAGAGAUGCAUCCUACUCUGACAGAUACUGCAGUGGCGGUUCGCACAAGACCAUGUUUGUGGCGCUGGUCCUGGUGGGGGAGUAUACAAAGGGAAAAAACAGCUAUGUUCGACCCCCCCCAAAAGGAAGUGUUUUCUACAACAGCUGCGUUGACAACGAGAGCAAUCCCAGCAUAUAUGUUAUCUUUGAAAAAAAUCAGAUUUAUCCAGAAUACAUCAUCAAGUACAACUAAAUCCAUCUGCUCUAUUUAGCUUUUAUGAAGUCAGGGGAACAACUCCAUGAUGGGACACUUUUAAGCUUUUUAGGUUAUUUCAGGGAAGUGGGUUUCUUAAAGUAUUGUUCUAUACAUUUAAAUGAUAUCACAUGAGCUAACUACUUGCUAUGUGAAGGUAUAGCAGUGUAAUGAUGCAGCGGACAGCCUCUCAAUCUGUAUUUCUUGUAUUUUCUACUAAGGAGUUCUCCUUUCAAAACUGAAAUGAUCAGACAGAUGUGCGUUCUAGGUCUUUCUCCAAUCACACUUUUUUAGUUUAAAAAAAAAGGGGAAAGAAAAAAAAAAAACACUUGGCAACAGAGAAAUUGGUAAGACCAACUUAUGUGUUGAUUCAAACUUAGAUUUGGGAAUGUAUGAGCUAAGAAGGUUUUCCUCCAAAUUUGAGUUUUCUAUGCAGUAUCUUAAAUGAUCGUAGGACUGCACACUUCUUGAUACAUAUCUCUGAUGUUUUUUGUAGAAACUAUUGGAGUCACUCUCCGGCUUGGGACUCACAGCUCUAAGUUGUCCAGUUUCCAUAGGCCCUCCUGUUCUCUUCACCUUCCAUACCCUCUGUACUUCCUCUUUCAACCUUUGCUAUUUUUCACGCUUCUCAUGCUUUUACUGUCGCUUUGGAAUUUGCUAUUUUAAUCACAACUUUUUCAAGUUUGUUGAGCACCAAAAUGCUUUGAUUGGUUCCUCAUCACCAGUAUAUGAGUUCUCCUCCACACUCGGCUCAGAUGUUCUUGUACGUGUUUCCAACCACUUAUGAGUCUGUGUGCAUCUUACCAGCCUGCAUCUCUGAUGGUUAAGAGCUGGACUGACCCCAACCUCUUGCUCUUGUGCUCAGGGCUCGAUCCCGCUGCUGUGAUUAGUAAAUCCAAGUCUUUUGUAGCCACUGAUAUAACUUCUUAAUGUCUUCAGUCUACCAGUGGUUCAUGCCUAACUGUGCUCUUCCCAUUCUGCUCUUCAGGAUCUGCCUUACUCUUUUCAGGUGCUAAGUUUUGGCUGGCUUCCUUGAAGCCUCUUCAUAGUUACCAUUUUUUGGCAGGAUCCCAAGCUAUCUAGCUGUCCUGAACAUGUGUAACAUGCAGGUAAACAUGUGUCUUCUGGUAGUUUGACACCAGGUUGUCAUAACUUAGCCUUUUUUUUGUUAAAACAAUUCAAGUAGCAAUUAUUUAGUCCAUUGCUUUUCUUUGUGAUAAUUUGAGGUGGUUCAGUGGGUUAAAUGCAUCUAUUUGGUACAUACCACAUUCAGUAGUAACUUGUUCGCUUGUUGCCUUCCAGAGUCCCACAGAGUUCAUGAUAAAAGCCUUAUUGACUGGAUUCUAUCCCAACCUGGUAUAGAUAGAUAGAUCGAUACUUUAUUGAUCCUGAGGGAAAUUCAAGGUAUCCUGUACCUGUCACACAUUAAAGGCCCAAAAGUAAAAUAAGGUGCAAAAAUAAGGUGAUUGUUGGAUAAACGUGUCCAAACUAGGGGCUGGCUCUUAGGACAGCAGUGCAGAUGCAUUGGGAAACAAAGAAAAGUGAAAGAUGAGUCGAGGGAUUACUGUGUGCUUUUCCCCUGCCGUGACAGUAAGAUGUUGUACAGUCGUGUGGCCAGGGGGACAAAAGAGUUCUCAAGCCUGUCCGUGGAACACGAUGAUGACAGCACUGCUGUAAACAGGGUGGUGGGUGUUGUCUAUGAUGGAGAGUACUAACCAUGAAUCAUCAGGCAUUUUAAUUGACUCACCUUUGGAGCCCGCCUCUAGUGGUUGUCUUCAUGCACCUACAUAUUUCAGCCCUUCCUGGACUGUGUCAGCUUGGCAUGCUGGGUGUUGUUGACCCUUUAUCAAUCCCGAUUUCCUUCUGGACUCAAGGCAUUGUAAUGUUAUGUACUUGGUUUAUAUUGCCAGUUUAUAAAAGACCAAGACGUAUAUUAAUGUUGGAAUGUUUUGAGGUAGAGGCCCCUUUUAUCCAUUUCUAUACUACACGCUGUUUGUAAAUUGUUUAUAAACUGAGAUGUGACAUUUUCUUGGAAAAAGGAAUGUAGAACAAAAAUGAAAUUGGAAAUAACAGUGGGAUUGAAUGACAGCAUAUUUUUUGCACUGGAAAUUGUUGACAAAAAUCAAAUCCUUUAUUGACAUCUGUUUUCACUUGAUUGUGGUUUUAUUAUUUUGUCUAUACAAGAAUGUGUCAAAGGUAAUUCACAUGGUGGAUUGUAAAAACAUGAUCUGGUGAGCAGCUGUAGAAUAAAGUUCAUGGGUCAUUAAAAACAAACAAA